AAAAUACUGAUAUGAUAACAGCAAAUUACGUUGUUUUAUUUUUUGUCGUAUUUUACGUAUCAACAACUACAUAUAUUAUAUGAAAUACUUUUUCUAUAACACUACUUUAAAAGUUUUCAUCAGAUGUAAUCAUGUUAUCAGCUAAAGAGAGAUACCUAUCAAAAUGUAUGAGUCAGUACCUGGAUGAACUUGGAUUUGAUCAUGAAAGAAUUCAAGAAAGAAUUAGAUUUAAUACAAAACUCUCCAAAGCUAUAGACUUAUCAACUAAAUGUCUCCUGAAAAGUGAUAAAUUUGAAGAAAUAAUUGCAGGCAGUACAAGUGAAGGGAUAGGAAUGUUAUGUACCAAUGAUCUGGAUGUUCUCCAUAUAAAUCAUGCUGUCAUUUGCUGUGACAGCUGGUUAAGUACAGAAAAUGACAAAUUGAAAUUCAAAAUGGUGCGUCAAAAAGCACCUGCAGGGUAUACGUUCCUGAAAUUAAUGUGUAAAGGUACAGAUUCUGAAACUUAUAAAAAUAUUGAGUACGCAUUAGUAAAAAGGAAAACAGAAUAUUAUCUGUCAAGUAAGCAGUACAUGACAAAAAAUGAUGAAAACAUUUUACAAAUUAUAAAAGGUAGUUUUCUUUCCAAGAUGACAUAUGUUAAAAAACCACAAGGCCCAUCCAUUCCCACCUUUUUUGAGGAAUUUGAUAAGGAUGGUUUAGCUUCCUCUUUAGAUAUAUCUGACCAGGGGGUGGAUUUUGUCCGAGCUUUCUCAUGCCAACAAGAUGAUGAAUUUCUGAUUGCAUGGAAAGGAAGGAAUAGAAAAUUUGGUUGGCCCAGUAAAGAGAAUAUAGACAAAGUAAUGUCGCUUCCUGUUCAUGUUGUUGCAGUUGGCAAAGAAGGCACAAAAACGAAGGUUUGCAGUGGAGAAUCUCUUUCACUUUGGCAGAGAUAUAUCUAGUGAAGGCUUUAAAUAACACACAAACAAAGGUGCUUGUGAUGAUGAAGCUUAUAGCCAAGCACGUUUUGAAACCACUGUGCAGAAACAUUACUUCUUAUGUAGUUAAGAAUGUUGUGCUAUGGUUGGCUGAAAGGAUUGAUCAAACAGCCUUUUAUGAGGAAAGUCUAAUCUUAAGACUGACAGAUGCACUUGAACAGUUAAAAACAGCUGUAGAAAAAGGAAACAUUCCUAGUUAUAUGAUACCACAAAGGAAUCUGAUAGAAAAUAAAAUUACAAGGGAAGAACAACAGUUACUUGUGAGGAAGGUGACAUUUCUCCAAGUAAAUGCCUUUAAAAUGGUGAAUGAAUUCUUCAGUGGUAGGUGUCCAAAUAAUUAUUAUAGAAAAAUAGAGAAAAUGACCCUAAAAUUCUGUUACGCUAAUUUAAUUGACAUAUUGCUUACAGUUGCCUUUUCAUGUAACACAGCAGAAGAACUUGCAGGUUUAAACACUGAAUUGUAUGCAUGCAAGUCAUUAAGGCAUGUGUACCUAUUGAUGGUAGUUUUUAUUUCGGUUUCCUUUUACCUUAAACACGACAAAAAGGACAAUAAUAAAGAAACAAAUAAAAGGAAAGCACAAACAAUGAAAGACAAGAGAAAGAAACACAACACCAAGAAGCUUAAGACACAACACCAUGAAGCUUAGACACAACACCAAGAGGCUUUAAACACAACACCAAUAGGCUUAAGACACAACAACAAGAAGCUUAAGACACAAAUCCAAGAUACUUAAGAACCAACACCAAUAAGCAUAGGACACAACACCAAUAGGCUUAAGACACAACACCAAUAGGCAUAAGACACAACACCAAUAUGCUUAAGGUACAACGCAAAGAUGCUUUAGACGCAACACCAUAAAGUUUUAGACCAAACACAAUGGAAAUUCAGACACAAUAUCAUGUAGUUAAGACACAACACCAAGAGGCUUAAGAUAGAACGCAAAUAUGCUUAAGACACAAUAUCAAGAAGCUUUAGACACAACACCAAGAAGCUGAAGACACAACACCAACACAAAACACUAUUAAGCUUAAGACACAAGAAGAUUAAGACACAACGCCAAUAUGCUUAAGACACAGCAACAAGAAGUCUAAGAUGAUGACAGCGAAAUAACAGUUCUGCAGCAUGAGGGAUGAGGGGUGGAGCUACGUUUUAGGAUUCUAGGAUUUAGUUUCGGUCUUUUGAUUGGAAUUUUUGUCUAUUUUAAGAUUCAGAAUUUCCAACCGAAUUUCCAUAUUUUGUUUCUUUAAAUAGCUACAGCAAAUAUUAAAGGCUUUUUGUAAAAUUGUGUAUACAUUUAAACCACACAUGUACUGUAAUUAAAAUUAAUGCGGCACUUUUUAAUUAAAUUAAAAUGAAA